UACCACCCGUUCAAAACGCACGUGCAUAGUGAGAAUAAAGAGAGAAGGGAGUAGAGUAAAAUCGAGAAAGAAAGAGAGAGAGAAAGUGGGUGCGACGAAGAGAAGAAAGAAAAAGAGUAGCUCGGAAUCGGAGUGAGAACGGCGAGCGCAGAAGGAAUAGAGCAGUCGCCUUGAGACAUCGGUCGACGAGAAAAGAGCGGUUUCGAAAAAUUUUGAUGAAAGAAACAUUUUUUUAUAACACGAGUGCGAGGAUCCGUUGGUACGCGUCGUUGGAACGAGAUAAUUUGAGUUUGUUAAAAAAAAUAACGGACUAGAUUGAAAGUUUAGUGAGUGCGGAAAGGUGAAAGAAAAAAUCGUGUAUUUUAAAGAGAAAGAAUUUGAGAAGGAGAGGACGACGACGACGACGACGACAACGACGAGAAACACGAGACAGAACAAGAGAAAGAAGAAACGAAGAAGGAGAAAUAAGCGGAGAUAGGAAGAACGAGAGAGUGAGAGAAAGAUAGAGGAGGAUAUAUUCGAGAGAGAAUAGAACGUUCUCUCGUCUGCGCGCGCGGUGUAGUCCCGAACCACACAAAACUCGUGCUUCGAAGUGUGUUAAACACAACACGUUAAUACGGGACCGAGUGAAUUAAAGUAACAAAAGUUUAAAAGAAAUAUAAUAAACAACAAAGGUGAGAGAAUAACAGGCUAUGGCUCUGGGUUCUCAAGUUGAUGCAAAUGGGGAGGAUGGAGCUCUGAAAAUUCCGUUGGUCAACGGCAACGCUAGCAGGGAGGAAGGUGCCGGUAAUAGUACUCGUGAGAAAGUGAAAAACGAGGAGCUUGGCAGCACUCCGAGUACCUCGUCAGAGAACGUUCUUGAAAAGGGCGAGGUAGAAGCGACGAAGGAGGGCGAAAAAGAAAAGGACAAGGACAAGGAUGAGAAAGAAGUGGCGGAGAGCGAGAAGGACGCGGAUGGAGGGAACGAGCAAGAGGUGGUUUUCAUUCAGGACAUGGGAUUCACGGUAAAGAUCGUUAGUCCGGGCGCGGAGCCAUUCGACAUCCAGGUCUCCAGUAUGGAGCUCGUGCAAGAGAUUCACCAGCUGCUGAUGGACCGAGAGGACACGUGUCAUCGGACGUGUUUCUCACUGAAUCUUCAUGGUAACACGCUCGACAAUUUCGCCGAGUUGAAAAACAUCGAGGGCCUGAAAGAGGGUUCCGUCAUCAAAGUCGUCGAGGAGCCGUACACGAUGAGAGAAGCGAGGAUUCACGUGCGACACGUCCGAGAUCUUUUAAAAUCGAUCGACCCGUCCGACGCUUACAACGGUACCGAAUGCAGCAGUUUGUCCUUUCUCAAUGUCGUUACGAACGGCGAUAUACUCGAGAAGAAGAAGAGUCGAGCCGAUGCCGUUGAUUGCACGCCGCCGGAUUACAUUAUUCCUGGAUGCAAGGACAGGCCACUGUUGCCUCUUCAGCCACAGGCCAAGGAGCAAAAGUGCCCGCCUUGCUUGAAGGUUCUGACGACAUCAGGCUGGAAUCCACCACCUGGUUACAGGAAACUCCACGGUGACCUGAUGUAUCUUCAAGUGAUAACGCUCGAGGACAAGCAAUAUUAUCUGACUGCUUGUGCUCGUGGUUUCUUUGUGAAUCAAUCGUCGAAAGAGACUUUCAACCCAAAGCCUGCCAGUCGAAGUCAUCUCUGUCACAGUCUCAUCGAGCUGCUGAAUCAAUUGAGUCCCGCGUUCAAACGAGGAUUCGCCGCGAUGCAACGACGCCGAACUCAAAGGCAUCCCUUCGAAAGAGUUGCCACACCUUACCAGCUAUACGCUUGGAGCGCACCGCAAACGGAGCACACGAUAGACGCGAUACGCGCCGAGGACACAUUUUCGUCAAAACUCGGUUACGAAGAGCACAUACCCGGCCAAACGAGAGACUGGAACGAGGAGCUUCAAACCACGAGGGAAUUGCCGAGGAAAAAUCUGCCGGAAAGAUUGUUACGGGAGCGCGCGAUAUUCAAGGUUCACAGCGAUUUCGUAGCUGCAGCGACGAGAGGCGCUGUUGCCGUUAUAGACGGAAAUGUGAUGGCGAUAAAUCCGGGCGAGGAAGCAAAGAUGCAGAUGUUUAUAUGGAACAAUAUAUUCUUCUCAUUGGGCUUCGACGUGCGCGAUCACUACAAAGAGCUCGGUGGAGACGCCGCAGCGUUUGUCGCACCGCGCAACGAUCUUCAAGGUGUACGAGUUUACGCGGCUGUCGAUCUCCCCGGUCUCUACACCCUCGGAACAGUUGUGAUAGACUACAGGGGCUAUCGCGUUACAGCUCAAUCGAUUAUUCCCGGUAUAUUGGAACGCGAUCAGGAACAAUCGGUCGUCUACGGUUCUAUUGACUUUGGUAAAACAGUACUCACUCAUCCGAAAUACUUGGAGCUGUUGAACAAAGCUGGCCAGCAACUGAAGAUUCUACCGCACAAAGUAAUUAACGACGCCGGCGAAGAAAUAGAGCUUUGCAGCAGCGUCGAAUGCAAAGGAAUCAUUGGAAACGAUUCUCGUCAUUACGUACUUGAUCUCCUGAGAACUUUUCCGCCGGAUGUUAAUUUUUUGAAACUUGAAGGUGUCGAGCUCAGCAAGGAAGCCAGAGCACUUGGAUUCCCGGUUGAGCACAAGCACAGACUCGCCUGUCUUCGACAGGAGCUCAUCGACUCGUUCGUCGAAGCUCGAUACGUACAGUAUAUCAAACACGCGGCCGUGCAUCUGCAACAACUCACGUCAGCAAGAAUAUCACAAAAAGAUAAAGAGCCUAGCCAGAAGGAAGAGAAAGAAAAGGAGGCGGAAAAGGAAAAAGAAAAAGAAAAGAAGAAAGAGGAGAGCAACGAGGCGAUUGUUGACAGCAAUAAAGAGAGUUCCGUACAAUCGAGUAUCGAAGCUGAAGAGGCUAAAAAAAUCGUAGAAAGCAUAACCGAUUCGAUAACGGGAGGAGAGAAACAAGAACUCGAAGAGAGCACAAAGGAAAUUGUACGCAGAGCGGCCGCAGCUGUUGGCAGUCUCAGGGAUGCCGAAUUUGACGUUAAAUUCAACCCUGACGUUUAUUCACCCGGUGUUCGUCAUCCAGACCCGAACGGUGAAGCCUUAAAAAAACAGAGACAGUUGGUUCGCGACGCUGCUGACUUCUUGCUCACAGUGCAACUACCAACUUUCAUUCGUGAGUGCCUUGAUCACACUGCAGCAGCUAUGGACGGUAGUACUUUGGUCGAAGCUUUGCAUGGGAGAGGCAUUAAUGUUCGAUACCUCGGGAAACUCGCUGCUAUGUUGGCUGCUGUUCCACAAUUGAAGUAUCUCCACCGAAUAGCCGUCUCGGAACUUCUCCUCCGCUCAGCCAAGCAUAUCUUCACAUCGUACAUGCAGGGUACGGAGCUGAUGAGUCUUUCCGCAGCUGUCAGUCAUUUUCUAAAUUGUCUUUUAUCCUCGGCACAACUUACCCAUCCACAGCUCAAUCUGGAAGAGCUCCAGAGCAAAACCGCGAAAAGGCGUAACAAGAGAAAGGGCAGAAACAACGGGCCUCAACAGUCCGAGGUCGAAUGGGCGAGUCUGACACCCAAGUUGCUCUGGCAACAAAUAAAAGCGGAUCUCAAGGCUUACUACGACUGGGAAACACCAGCGCCGGAAUCUCUCGAUGCGAUGAUAGAACAUUUUCAUCUUCAAAAGAUUUCGCUCAUGCGCGGUUUUUGCGUGAAAACCGGUAUUCAAAUACUUCUGCGGGAAUAUAACUUUGAGAACAAAAAUCGCGCCACAUUCUUCGAAGAAGAUAUCCUUAACAUCUUUCCCAUCGUAAAGCAUAUCAAUCCACGGGCGAGCGACGCGUACAAUUUUUACACGACGGGCCAAAGCAAAAUCCAACAGGGUUAUCUCAAAGAUGGCUACGAACUCAUCAGCGAGGCAUUAAAUUUGUUGAACAACGUUUACGGCGCUAUGCACCCUGAAAUUGCUCAAUGUAUAAGGAUGCUCGCGAGACUCAAUUACAUUAUGGGUGAUCAUGGAGAAGCACUCGCGACGCAACAAAAAGCUGUACUGAUGUCGGAAAGAGUCAACGGGAUCGAUCAUCCUUACACGAUCACGGAAUACAUACACCUAGCCCUUUACUCUUUCGCGAACGGACAAGUAUCCGUGUCGUUGAGGCUUUUGUACAGAGCACGAUAUCUUGCUCUGCUAGUCUGUGGCGAGGAUCACCCCGAAGUGGCCCUCAUCGACAGCAACAUCUCCCUGAUUCUUCACGCAGUGGGUGAAUACGAAUUAUCGUUGCGCUUUUUGGAGCAUGCGCUAGUUCUGAAUCUCCGUUAUCACGGACCUCGAUCCCUCAAAGUUGCAGUGUCAUAUCACCUUGUGGCAAGAACACAAUCCUGUAUGGGAGAUUUUCGUGCUGCUUUAAACAACGAGAAAGAGACAUACGCGAUAUACAAACAGCAAUUGGGCGAAGAACACGAGAAGACAAAGGAGAGCAGCGAUUGCUUGCGUCACUUGACGCAACAGGCGGUAGUUUUACAGAAGAAAAUGAACGAGAUAUACACGGGAAAGCCGGGCGUUAGUUUACCACCGAUACAGAUACAACCGCCGAGCAUGGGCAGCGUGUUGGAUAUGUUGAACGUCAUAAACGGUAUAUUGUUCGUACAGAUAAGCCAACAAGACAUUGAAAAUCUUAAGGCUGAAAUUGAGAAACGGCAGAAAGAGCAGACCCCUGACCGCGAGGCCAAAUCGACCGAAGGAUCGAAAGAGAAAACGGACAAAGCGUUGGACAACGAUAAAUUGAUAAUCGAAGAAGCGAGCGAUCUUGAAGGGAAUUCGAACAAUAUCGAUGAAAGCGCAAAAGAAUCGAGUGCUAACGAAACUUUGAGCUCUAUAGUGACCAAGAGUUGAACACUCGAAGACACCCGGAGAAUCCGUGGUUUAUCGAGUCUCGGACGUUACCACUGCGCUCAGUCAUAUACCGGUGACGCGAGUGCAAUGUCCAAUUGUGGAAUAAUCACAGAAGAUACUCACACAAAUACAAGCAGAUAAACCAAGCCGCGAGCGGUCUUUAGGGAAACGACCGUGUUCAUACCUUGAUUUCGUUCGUCUACAUUUCCCCGUAUUCCUUUUAUCAUUGUUUUAAAUAACGAUCCAGGAUCGUCGUGGCGAUGCUUUACGCUAUAACUACUUAUAAUCAUGUGCCACACUCAAACAAACACACGCAUAUAAGCAUAAACAAAAGAGUAGUACUUCCAAGGUGUGUUUAAAGGACGCGUUGUUUUACACAGUUCUAUGACAUCGGAGACUCGAUCAUUGAAUUAUAUCGAUCGCUCGGAUUUCGCGUUACUCGCCAUUCGCUCGUGUAGACUUUAAUCUGUUAUAAUAAUCGUGCGUAACGCGAAAAACAACAUACGGUAUUUUUCAUUGCGCGAAAAAGUAUAUGAGAAGACGCGCACCCGAUUAAGGAGCAUCGGGUUUGUUAAGGACUCGAAUCGUAUGAGAAAAGAGAAAAUAAAGAGUGAUGAGGUACGAAAAAAAUCGUUUGAACAAAGAUUGAAAGAACAAAGGUAAUAUUGGUUGAUACCUUUACGUUGCAACGAAACGUUUUAUAAGGCAUUGAAACAAAAAAAAAUCAUACACACUUACACACAAGCGUUUUGCGCUCAACUCGGUGGAAGCAUACUAAAACGAAUUUCACCAAAUGCAAGCUGCACGAUCUACGAGGUACUGUGUGGUAUUUCACGAAGACGAUGCUGCAUCAACACUGCCUCACAUUGCAGGACACUUAUUUAAAAACCGAAAAAGGAUUUUUUUUAAAUCAUAUUUUGCUGAUUUUCAGUAUUAGUUACUCGCUCGACUGCAUCACAAAGUUGGAUUUUAAAUGAACCGAACUUCAUUCUACGUUCCUGAUCGACGCGUUAUAUUGGCGACAGUCCCGCUGGUGCUUCCUACCAUCAUUUCAUUAUUAAUUAAGACCAUGUCAUUUUUGGAAAAAGCAUCCCUCAUUAAGGAAAUACGAUUAUUUUAUUAAAGUUUAUUUAGUGUUGCCGUAAAAAUAUAUUUGAACACGUUUUCGACGAAUUUCCUUUGAUACUGCAUUUUUCUUUUCUUUUUCAUGCCUUAUUGCCUCGAAUACAUGGCCGACUGUAAAAACUCACGUUUUCGAAACGUGUUGAACAAAAAUGCUCUCCUAUCCGGUUUCACAUUGAAUGUUUGAAAUAUUCUGAUUUUUUACAAAAAGUUUUAUCGGUAAGCAAAGCUUUGUUGUGUUCAAUUAGAAUAGCUAACGUUGGUACAAGCAACAAAAUUUAGCGCAGGCCUAUUGGGAGUGUUUUCACGAUUUCUUAUAAAUUUUGAAAACGUGUGGAAAAUACUUUUUAUAAACGGCACUCAUUCGACAAAGAAUAAUCGUACUUCUACAAACCGAUGUUCUUGUUAUUUUAUUUUAUUUUAUUUUUUGUUAAUUUUUAAUCGUACGCUCAUUUACGCUCAUUAAGAGGUUCUUAUUCACGUAAAACCGAGAAGGCACGAAAAUGUAUAUGGAUUAAAGUUGCUCGACUAUGAUUGGUUCAGGUUUAAGAAUGAUUCAUGAAUAACACCAAAAAAAUAAAUAGGUAUGAUAUCCGCGUUGGUUCAGGUUUCUGUGACGACGUGAGGCGAGUCUGAGGCACUCGGUGCCGGUGGUAGGUGAUACAAGAAUCAACUUUAGUAGAUACAGUUGAAUAGAUAGAUAGUCACGUAAGGAUUAACCCGUUACCAAGACAUUAUUUUGAUUUUUUUUUGCACAUUAUUCGUUAAAUACUGCUAUUAAAAUAGUACAAUAACGUUAAUCGUUCGGAAAUGAAAAAACAAACGAAAAACGGUGAAUUUGAUGAAACAUGUAUGAAAACGAAAGAAUCCCGAUCGACAGGAGCGCGAACGACGAUGCGGCGAGAAAAGAAAGUGCGAUUAAAGAUUUGUUUCCCCAUUUUUUUUUCUCUCAAUCUCGAGAAUAUCGAAUAGCGCGAGACGUUCACGAUUCCGGUGCAUUAUCAUUGGUGUGUCUGAGAUGUUAAUGACGGCUGCGCAAUUGCGUUCGUGACGACCAAACCAAAUAAUGAAAGAAAAAUCGAAAUAUAUAGAAACGCGACAGUUUCCUCGUUUGAAUAUAUAGAUUCAUACGUUAUAUAGUUGUACCGAAGUACUGUAACAACACACCUGUUAGUAGAGUUGUAUCAUAUAAAAGAUAAUAGGUAAUAAGAAUGAAUGAUAAUUGUUAUGAAGUUAAAUACCUGAUUUACGUGUAUAUCUGUUAUGAUAUAAUUUGGUAAAACCACUGACGUGAAAUAGACCAUUUUGUAUGCAA